AUGUUUUCUAGGACUUUGGCCUCAUCGGCGUUUCGGCCACUUUUCCGGCAACCUCAAGUGUUGCAACCUAGAUUCGCUGGCAUUCAGCUGCCCUCUACUCUCUAUGCCCGGUAUCUGUCUUCGGAGACACGGACAGCUAUCGACAAAGCUGUCGCAUCUGCACCCGUCGUUCUUUUCAUGAAGGGCACGCCAGAGACGCCGCAGUGCGGUUUCUCUCGAGCCAGUAUACAAAUUUUGGGACUGCAGGGAGUGGAUCCGAAGAAGUUUGUUGCAUUCAAUGUGUUGGAAGAUGCCGAACUUCGUCAGGGUAUCAAAGAGUAUUCCGAUUGGCCCACAAUCCCGCAAUUGUAUCUGGAGAAGGAGUUCAUCGGUGGCUGCGAUAUUCUGAUGUCGAUGCAUCAGAAUGGAGAACUUGCUAAAUUGCUCGAAGAGAAGGGGGUCCUUGUGGCGGCCGACUAA